UUGAGCCUCGGAUGGCUGAUUUAGGAAUGGGGCUACUUCCAACGAACGACUGCCCUUCCAUCCAGGAAAAAGGCCUGACCCUCUGUCUCUCCCCUGCCAUUGGUGCAGCACUCUCGGCACUAUGUGCACAGCAAGAGCUUUCUGGGCAGAAAAGGGAGGGAAAAGAGGAAAAGGAGAAAAAAGCCUUACUUGAGAAUCCAGACAUCCUACCAUCGGUCAGGAAGAAGUCCUGCACCUUCUAUAAUGCGGAGCAGCUAGAAGAGUUGGAGAAGGUGUUCCAUGAAGACCACUAUCCCGACAGUGAGAAGAGGAUGGAGCUUGCAGCUGCGUUUGGUGUGAUGCCAGAGCGAAUCCUGAUCUGGUUUCAGAAUCGCAGGGCAAAGUGGCGGAAAUCAGAGAAGCUGAAUGCAAAAGGCAACAGAAAACAUCCAACAUCGUCACCUCUGUCACAUGAUUAUGGAUGGGGGACCUACUCUGUUUUCUCAUCUUUCCACAACAGAGGCUCUUCUUCUCUCUUUUCAUUCACAGCCUCCUCGGUGGCAGGAACAGUGGCAUCUUGUGAAGAAGUUCAGGCGAAGAUGUCGCUACAGCUCGGCUUCAACUCCAGCAGAGUGGACAGCUUCAACUCCAGCAGAGUGGACAGCUUCAACUCCAGCAGAGUGGACAGCUUCAGCUCCAGCAGAGUGGAGUGCUUCCCGAGCCUUCCCGGCCCUCCUCCCGUCCGCAGGACCACCAACCUGUCCUUCAACCCCACAGCCCUGCUGUUUCUGGCGCUGGACACUCCCAACAGUGAAUGCUGGUUGUCCAGUCAGGAAAAUGGCUCCAGGGAGGCCUUCACUUACAACAUCCAGAAUCAAGACUUUAGUCCACCACCCUCCUGCCCUUACCCUGAGCAGCUGGAGACUGCAGGGAACCUGGAGACCACGUACUGCCAGUCCAGCAGCCAGGGGGGAAUUUACCAGCUGUCCCAAUAUUCCCAGCAGCACCAGCUCUCCCAGUUCUGCCAACUGCCAGAUCACCUGGUCACCAAUUUGCUCUCCAGUGACCAACUCCCUCCUCCAAAACCCCCUGAGUCCCAUUCAGCUUUCCUGGCCUUACCUGGUAACACUGGAGCAGUAACCUCAGCAAGUGGAAUAGUUGGAGGGCUCCUCGCUGGCCGGGGGCCGAAGCGCGCCUUCUGCGCGCCUGCUUCCCUGGCCGUUGUGGCGGCCGCAGCCAGGCGCUGA